AUGCUCUGCGAUUCCACCGAGGUAAAUGUAGUCUCCUCAAUCUUCAAUUUUCUCGCGGCUACUCUGGUAUGUCAAUGUUGAUUGUUGUAUUCAGAGGUUCAGGCUGUGUGUGCACUGGUUAGCAAUGACUGGAUUCUCUUAAACAAUGAAGACAUUAAUAACACACGAUCUCUGAAUGAAUCGCUUUACAAUAACACUUGGGAUGAGUUCCUUUCAAAGAUUCAAAGCGAUGAAUUAAACGCUUUGAAUCUGAUUCCUUGUGAUUCCAUCGGCUCCAAACAUUUCUGGAUGCCCGCCAGAUUUGGCUCUUUUGUCGAACACAAUACCAGACAUUUAAUUUACAGCUACAAUCACAGUUGUAAGUCCAUGAUUGCUGGGAUUACUACGUUCUGUUCUUUAGCCCUUAUCGAUUGCAUCUCCCCGACAGUUGCAAACUACUUUUAUGUGAUCAUUGCCUUUUGUUUUGUGGUCGUUACAACCGCUUCCUUCGCUUCGGUCUUACAUUUUAUGGCGCCACCAUUUGGAUUCUUCAUCUGGUUGAAAGUAAAUACGAUUCUGGAGUUGUGUAAUUGUAAGCCCUCUUUCUCUUUUGUUCAACUUUUAUAGGCUCGAUUGCUCUCCUUUCUAUGGCGGCUUGUAUGCUGAGCAGAGCCGAGGUCCAGGCACUGCGACCUGAGGCCUUUAUUACCUUUGGCUUCGGCUUCCUUCUGAUCAUGGCGACCUUCUUCUUAUCACUGAUAUCAGCCUGUCAUGCCCAGAGAAAACAAUUCAAACUGCGGAAAGCCAGAAGAGUCGACAACCAAAGAUUGAUGUGCACACGGACCCUGAGGUCAUGGCGAGAUGUCACUCAACGUCCGGGAGACACGAGACCCAUCAUCAACCUGGAACGUUAUCUUCUGGAGCCCGGGCUACGCAGAGGGAGUGCAACAACGAUCUCCACAACGGCCGAGAGCAAUGAAGACGGUCACGAACUGGUCACCUCUCAAUCAGAGCUCCAGAGCGGCGAGUUGUGA